AUGGCCUUUGAGCUGAGCGAGUCUGACCCAGACCAUGGUGCUACCCUACCGUAUGCAGCUGGUGGUGGUGGUGGUGGUGGUGCCGGUGGCCAGCCCUUUGCCCUCUCCGAGUCGGACGACGGCGCCGCCGCAGGCGACGGUGGCCCCUUUGCCCUCUCCGACGACGAGCCUGGCCAUGGCGGUGCUGCUGUGGGUGGCGGUGCCCAGUUUGAGCUGUCGGAUGAUACGCCUGGCCAUGGCGGCGCUGCUGUGGGUGGCGGUGCCCAGUUCGAACUGUCGGAUGAUACGCCUGGCCAUGGCGGCGCUGCUGUGGGUGGUGCCCAGUUCGAACUGUCGGACGACGGUCCGAUGCAGGCGGCGCCUGCUCCAGCUGGCAGCGGUGCCCAGUUUGAGCUGUCGGACGACGGUCCGAUGCAGGCGGCGCCUGCUCCAGCUGGCAGCGGUGCCCAGUUUGAGCUGUCGGACGACGGUCCGAUGCAGGCGGCGCCUGCUCCAGCUGACGGUGGUGCCCAGUUUGAACUGUCAGACAAUGGGCAGGCCGCCAUCAAGGCCACAGAAAAGAGUCAAGCUGCAACCGCCCUACAGACUGGCCUUUCAGACAACCGCCCCACACCCGCACAAGCCGCCCCGCAGACCAACACACUUGCGCCGGCAAACAAGGCCAAGUCACCUGCGGCAACCGCCACCUCGACCAGAGACAACGAGGCUGUGCGCCGCAAGGCGGCCAUGCGCAAGCGCCGCGAAGACGUCCGUCGGCUCAAGCUCCUCGAGUCAACGGUCGGCACUACGCUCCGCGCGCGCAAGGUAUUUGCCCAGAAGCAAAUGGCUGCUGCCAUCAACUCGCGCGAGCAGCAGUGGCUCGCUCGCAAGAAGGUUCUCGUUCAGAUGGAGGAACAGGCCCGCCUUGAGGCCAUCCGUGCUGAGCGCGAGCGCCAAAAGUCCGCUCGCCAGCAGCAGCGGACCGCUGCCGCGGAAAAGCGGCUCGACAACAAGGUCAUCAACAUGCAAAAGAAGCAGCAAGAGACCCAGUUUUCGGCUGCACGCGCAGAAGCCUCCGCCCAGCGCGUCCAAAAGUCGCGCCAGCUCCAGUCACAGUACGCCAUCACUAAGGACCGCAUCGCCAAGCAGAACGCCGAGCGCAAGCGCAAGCGCCUCCGCGCCACACGCAAGGCUGCCCGCGCGCACAGGCUCUCCAUGGAAAGAGCCCGUGCCGACGCCGAGGCCGAACGCCAGGCCCGCGUCGCCCGCGUCGCCACCCUCCGCGCCGAGAAAAAAGCCAAGGCCGAUGCCGCCCGGGCAGAACUCGAAGCCAUGCUCAGCCCAGCCCGCGCUGACUCGCUGCCGCGCCCGGCCUCUGCCGCAGACAUGCCCCCGCCGACAGACGCUUCGGCCUCGGACGUCUCAGGGCUCACCGGCGAGAUGGAGCCACUGCAGGCUCUCGCCGUUUCAGAGCACGUCGUUGCCCAGCGCCGCAUCGCCUCCAUCCGCGCUCGCCUCGACCACGCGCUCCGCGAGCCCGACGCCGUCACCAAAGAGCGUUACCUACGGACCUCGAUCUUCAAGUCCAAGAGUGAUCGCCGCCACUCGACCGAGACCUCGUCUACCUACCUCGACGCGACGGCGGCCUCGGGCUCGCUCGCUCGCUCGCAUGCGUCGACAGCCGCGCCGCCGAUGCAUUCGUCGCCAUCGCUUGCGUCGACGCUUCCUGUUGCCUCGGCCGAGGCCUACGGCACGCCUACGCGCCUCGCACAGCGCUCGUGA